ACCAAUAUGUGCUCUAGCCUGAGCGACUUGUUCGCCUGCAUCAGGGCCCAGGGAAAUUGCGAAGCGGAUUCCACCAGCCCCACCCAUCAGCGGCACAACGCUGACCUGGACGAUGAGGCGCCCGAUCUGCAGCUCAAACAGGAGCAAAGUCGCAGGAGGAUCGACACAUCAGUGGCCCAGAUGCGCGAUUCACAACCAGAUCCUCCUCCUCCGGCUGCAUCUCCAUCGACGGGCUACCUGCGCCCCUCUUUGCGGCCAGCACGGGUCUCCUACGAGGCCUUGGAGCGCUACGAUCGGAUUUUCGGCAGAUCCUUCCAAGAAGCGGGAUCAAGUGGUUCAGUCAGAAAUAUUGCCGACCAGUUCUAGGCAAUUGGAAAGUGGUUGGGACUGUGGGUUUGCAGAUAUGUGAUAUAUAUAUGUGAUGCUCUUUACCCGCUAAAAGUCGAACACAUUAAAUACACUUUACACAAUUCCCUGACUUGACUGUAUGGGCAAUUACCGGAAA